UCCUGUGGCGUGUUUGCCAUUCUGAUCAUAUUUUUCUCAACGAGCUUUGUGUAAGCUUCUAACUACGCCGCCUGAAGGCACUUAUUAUGGUGUCCGCUCUGUGCACUAACUGGGGGUAUUUUCUAGGCGGUCCAUGUCUACCCAGACCUGCAAUGGCAUCGCGCAUGACCGCCACUGCAAAAAGGAGGUGGCACACUCAUGGGGCCAGUAUUCGUCCUCAUUUUCGGUGCCAUCAGAGAUAUCUCCAGCUGCCCCCCAGGAUUGCGAGAUCACAUUUGCGCAGCUACUCGCACGACAUGGCGCUCGUGACCCCACGGCACAUAAGUCUGAGACCUAUGCUGGAAUCAUUGACCGCAUCCACGACAGUGUUACAGACUAUGGAAAGAAUGUCCAAUUCCUUAAAACGUACCAGUACAAGCUGGGCGCGGACCAGCUGACGUCCCUCGGCCAGCGGCAGAUGGUUGAGUCUGGUAUCAAGUUCUACAGGCGCUACCGACAGCUGGCUAACACCAAUACACCUUUUAUACGUGCCUCCGGCCAGGACCGAGUCGUCGAGUCUGCAGAGAAAUGGGCCAAAGGGUUUCACCAAGCGCGCGUAGCAGAUCGGAAUGCAGACCCCCUCGACGAAUACCCGUAUAAUAUCCUCGUGAUCCCAGAGGAAGACGGAUUCAACAACACUCUCAGCCCCGAUAUCUGCCUGGCCUUUGAGGAAUCCCGCCAUGACAAUAGAGACGAGCAACUUACCUGGGCAGGGAAAUUCUUGCCACCCCUGACUGAACGAUUGAACAGAGAUCUCCCAGGCGCGAACUUGACCGACCAAGAGACUGUCUUCAUGAUGGACCUGUGUCCUUUUAACACUGUUGCCGAUCCUCGGGGAGAGCUCUCGAAGUUCUGCUACGUCUUCACGGUGCAGGAGUGGCACGACUACGACUACUACCAGUCCCUGGGAAAAUGGUACGGGUUUGGGAAUGGGAAUCCCCUAGGGUCAACUCAGGGGGUGGGCUUCAUCAACGAACUCCUUGCCAGACUUACAGGUCAGCCUGUUGUUGACCACACCUCGACCAACUCAACAUUAGAUGAUUCCCAUACUACAUUCCCGCUUGACAAGGCUCUUUAUGCGGACUUUAGCCACGAUAACGACAUGAUGGGCAUGUUCGCGGCACUCGGUCUCUACAACCAGACAGACCCACUGCCAGAAGACCGACGGGUCAGCGCCCGGGAGGCUAAGGGAUUCUCGGCCAGCUGGGUUGUCCCGUUCGCAGCGAGGCUGUAUGUGGAGAAGAUGGCCUGCGGAGGGAGCAGGGAGGAAUUCGUGCGCAUUCUAGUUAACGAUAGGGUUAUACCUCUGCAGAAUUGCGGUGCCGACGCGUUGGGCCGGUGCAGGUUGGACAGGUUCGUGGCGAGCCAAAGCUUCGCAAAGGACGGCGGGCUCUGGGAUCGGUGCUUUGCGUGAUCCGAACAACUCGACGUCCUCUGGCAGGCACAAGUCGCGGGAUAAAUGGAAUGUUGCAUCGGAGAUCUGCCGCAUUGUGGCUGUUCCCUAGAUUGAUCAUACACCGACCUGCACGGCAAUGCUGACGAUUCCCUCUGGAAUGUGAACUGAGCGCCUGACGUACUCGUCCCUUACGCAGAUGUAGGCACCUAACCUACGGUACCUGUAGCUGCGUAUCGGGGCGAAGUGCAUGGAAUCAAGGACGUAGGCACCUCUAUUUGCGCUUAUUCACAUAACUCCAUGGUAUUCCCCCCCGCCUCUCCUCCGUCCUAUCUCGACUUGCGGCGAGGCAGAAUUCUGCACAAGUCGUAAGAGAAAGUGAGACAACAGCAAGGCUGGGGGGGCAGUUGGGGAACGUGAUCAUAAGCCUGAUGGGCGCGAUAGGCAUGAUAGGCCUGGGCAGACU